AUGGAUCCUAUCCGCUACCACGAGGGGUCACUUGGCCACAACAUAGUCCGUGUUGGUGACUUGGAACCAGGCUUCUUUGGCUCUCCUGCCCUACGACAAAAUCACCCUCCUCUUUAUGCCUCAUCUGCUCAACCGAUUCCGGUCCAGCAGGGUCACCUCGACCAUAGGCAAUGCGCACGGGUUUUCUUGUACACGCAACAGCUGCCGUCCAUCUGGGACACGGCACGUCAGGCACUGGCCACCUGUGUGCGCCGUGGCUAUUUUGAUCUGGACCUCCCUCUUCAGCGGUGGGCGCUACUGGUUGGAGACGACUUCUACGAGGCCCUCGUCAUGUGCUCAGAGGUCUACAUCACGAUGCCUCUAACAACUGCCAAGAAUUCGUCAGAAGGCUGUUCGACGCGAUCAGACCAGAUGUGCACCAUCUCCGGGAGAUUCCCCGUCUUCCUUGGGCGAAUGUGA